AAACCAACCGUUUUCCCCAAUCAUUUUGUGGCUUUGCUCGUCCGGAGUAAGUUCAGUAAAGUUGAGGUGAAAGCAGCUCUCGGAAGAACCAAACAUGUCAGGAGCCAAUCCCUUUGCCCAGUUCGAGAAGACGUUCUCGCAGGCCGGCCAGACGUACAAGUACUUUGACCUCGCCUCCAUCGACGGAAAGUAUGACCAGCUACCUUAUUCCAUUCGAGUUCUCUUGGAAUCGGCGGUUCGCAACUGCGACAACUUCCAUAUCCUGGAGAAGGAUGUCCAGAGCAUCCUUGGCUGGUCACCCGCCCUCAAGCAGGGAUCCAAUGAUGUGGAAGUCUCCUUCAAGCCAGCUCGAGUGAUCCUGCAGGACUUUACUGGAGUCCCUGCCGUAGUGGACUUUGCUGCUAUGCGCGACGCCGUGGUGGAGCUGGGCGGAAACCCGGAGAAAAUCAACCCCAUCUGCCCUGCCGACCUGGUCAUAGAUCACUCCGUGCAGGUGGACUUCGCACGAGCUCCUGACGCUUUGACCAAGAACCAGACCCUGGAAUUUGAGCGCAACAAGGAGCGUUUCACUUUCCUGAAGUGGGGUGCUAAUGCCUUCAACAACAUGCUGAUCGUGCCCCCUGGUUCAGGAAUCGUUCACCAAGUGAAUCUCGAGUACUUGGCCCGAGUGGUGUUCGAAAACGAUACCACUGACGGCUCCAAGAUCCUGUAUCCUGACAGCGUCGUGGGCACGGACUCGCACACCACGAUGAUCAACGGCCUUGGAGUUUUGGGCUGGGGAGUGGGAGGCAUUGAGGCGGAGGCCGUGAUGCUGGGACAGUCCAUUUCCAUGUUGCUGCCGGAGGUGAUUGGCUACAAGCUGGUGGGCAAGCUGAGUCCUUUGGUCACCUCCACCGACCUGGUGCUGACCAUCACCAAGCACCUCCGACAGCUGGGAGUGGUGGGCAAGUUUGUGGAGUUCUAUGGCCCGGGAGUGGCAGAGCUCAGCAUUGCCGACAGGGCUACGAUCAGUAACAUGUGUCCCGAGUACGGCGCCACAGUGGGCUACUUCCCCAUCGACGAGAACACUUUGGGCUACAUGAAGCAGACGAAUCGCUCCGAGAAGAAGAUCGACAUCAUUCGCCAAUAUCUGAAGGCUACCCAGCAGCUGCGAGACUAUGCAAACGAGUCCCAGGAUCCCCAGUUCACCCAGAGCAUCACCUUGGAUCUGGCCACGGUAGUGACAUCGGUUUCCGGCCCGAAGCGUCCCCACGAUCGUGUUUCUGUCUCCGACAUGCCUGAGGACUUUAAGUCCUGCCUUUCUAGUCCAGUUGGCUUCAAGGGCUUUGCCAUUGCUCCGGAGGCUCAGGCUGCCUUCGGCGAAUUCCAGUGGGAUGAUGGCAAAACCUACAAGUUGGGUCACGGAUCUGUGGUUAUUGCCGCCAUUACUUCCUGCACGAACACCUCGAAUCCGUCGGUGAUGCUGGGAGCAGGUCUCCUGGCCAAGAAGGCGGUGGAGAAGGGACUCAACAUCCUUCCCUACAUCAAGACAUCUCUUUCUCCUGGUUCCGGAGUGGUUACAUACUACCUGAAGGAGUCGGGAGUGAUCCCGUACUUGGAGAAGCUUGGUUUCGAUAUCGUGGGCUACGGCUGCAUGACCUGCAUCGGCAACUCUGGACCUUUAGACGAGAAUGUGGUCAACACCAUCGAGAAGAAUGGUCUGGUCUGUGCGGGAGUUCUGUCUGGAAACAGGAACUUCGAGGGUCGCAUCCAUCCGAACACCAGGGCCAACUACUUGGCCAGCCCCCUCCUGGUAAUUGCGUACGCCAUCGCCGGAAGAGUGGACAUUGACUUUGAGAAGGAACCCCUCGGCGUGGACGCUCAAGGAAACAAGGUGUUCCUGCAGGACAUCUGGCCAACGCGGUCAGAAAUUCAGGAGGUGGAGAACAAGCAUGUGAUCCCCGCCAUGUUCCAGGAGGUCUACAGCAAGAUCGAGCUGGGCUCCCAGGAUUGGCAGACUUUGCAGGUGCCGGAGGGCAAGAUCUUCUCUUGGAGCGCAGACUCCACCUACAUCAAGCGCCCUCCGUUCUUUGAAGGCAUGACCCGCGAGCUGCCAAAGCAGCAGAGCAUCCAGAAGGCCCGCUGCCUGCUCUUCCUGGGCGAUUCCGUGACUACGGACCACAUCUCCCCAGCAGGAUCCAUUGCUAGGACCUCUCCAGCGGCUCGUUUUCUGUCCGAAAGGAACAUUACUCCGCGCGACUUUAACUCGUACGGAUCGAGGCGUGGAAACGAUGCUAUUAUGUCCCGUGGAACCUUUGCCAACAUCCGUUUGGUCAACAAGCUGGUUUCGAAGACUGGACCCCGGACUCUGCACAUCCCCAGCCAGGAGGAACUAGACAUUUUUGAUGCCGCCGAAAGGUAUCGGGAGGAGGGCACACCUCUGGUUCUGGUAGUGGGCAAGGACUAUGGCAGCGGCAGCUCCAGGGACUGGGCCGCCAAGGGCCCCUUCCUGCUAGGCGUUAAGGCUGUUAUUGCCGAGUCGUACGAGCGGAUCCACCGCUCCAACCUGGUGGGCAUGGGCAUCAUUCCCCUGCAAUUCCUGCCAGGACAGAGCGCUGAGACCCUGAACCUAAACGGACGGGAGGUCUACAACAUAGCCCUGCCGGAGAGUGGCCUGAAACCGGGCCAGAAGAUCCAAGUUGAGGCUGAUGGAGUUGUCUUUGAGACCAUUCUGCGCUUCGACACCGAGGUGGACAUCACUUACUACAAGAACGGCGGCAUCCUGAACUACAUGAUCCGCAAGAUGCUGUUUUAGGCUGCAUCCGCAUCCCAUGAUAAGAUUAAUGUUUUACAUGCCAGUUGCAUUUUUACUCUGUACAUUGUAGUAUCCUAAGCCUUUCCCUUCCUGUGGUGGUGCUUCCCUGAUCUUGGUUGAACCAAUUAAAACUGUGUCUUUCUAUUCAAAUAAAAACAAGAAAAUGGUUUCUGUUUCCGAUAA